UUAACUUUGCUGUCUGCACAGGGAGUUUUGGUGUUGCAUGAGCGGUUUUCACGGUGUAAAAAGUUUGAGUGGGGUCAGUGUACAGUUGCUGCCGUCGGCGAUGGUGUGAGGAGGCGCCGCUGGAAGGAGGAUCUCUGGGUAAAAAUGGGGAUUUUUCUCCUUUUGCUGUUCUUCGCUCCGGUCAGCGGAGUUUUUGAAGGAACCUGUCCCAGAAAAGACCCUCCUCCAGGUGUGUUGGUCUUAUCGCCGGGCAGUAAGCUGUUUCUGACCUGUGGCGGUCAUGUGAGGGUGGAUGGUGUAAAGAUCAGCCUGAAGGGAAGCAGCUUAAACAUCAACAAAAGGGAUGGUUCUUCGAACGGGACACCAGCCGCUCCAAAUGAUAUACAAAACAGUGCAGUUUCAGUUAAAAGUGAUGACAGUUCUCUGAAGAAUGUAAGUGAGGGCUACAGCCCUCAUUUCACGGAGGCAGGAGGAAACAGAAGCCUCAUAUAUUCAGAUGCAGGAUACACAACUUCUCCUCACAUCGUCCAGCCAACCAGGGCCACUCGAUCGCUGAAGGACGAAUCUCAUUGGACCACUGGAGAAACAGAUGUUGAGGAUGACUAUGAGGAGGAUGAAGAGGAUGAAGUGGGGGAAGGAGUGAACCGGGUAACAAGGGGGAUAAAAGUGAUGCCUGAGUGGAAGUGGAACACGAUGACAGUGGGGACAGAAGACAGGGACUGGGGUGAAAUUAAAUUUGGGAGGAGUGGGACAACGCUAACUCUGGCCUCAGUGAGACUGGAAGACUCUGGAAAAUACAGUUGUCAUCACAAAGGCAAAGAAAAGUUUAGCGUAAAGGUGAUCGUUGCAGAUUCUCCUGAGCCUCCCAGUCUGUUCUGCUACAAAAAGUCGCCCAGUAGUAAAAUCCGCUGUGAAGGAAUGCCUCAGAAAGCUGCCAUAAAGCAGCCUAGUUGUUACCUCUUACUGAGUAAAAAUCCAAGAGAGAAAUUCAAGCAAGUGUCAUGCUCAUACUCAUCUCGGCUGUCUCGCUGUUGGUGUGCUCUGGACCACAUUGAGGAUGAUCGGAGAACCCCUCACCUGGUCUACAUGUGUGUUACAAGCAUCACAGGCAAUGUCACCAGCCCCCUUAAGUACUUUACACCAUUAAAAAUUUUAAAACCAGACCCUCCGUCAAAUGUGUCAGUCCGACAGGAGAAAGGAAAGAAGAACAGGCUGACGGUCUCCUGGAAUCUACCGACAUCCUGGAAGGUGCAAGAUAACUUCUAUAAAUUGAUCUAUGAAGUUAAAUACAACCCUGUCAAACCGUCAAUUGGUAACGAACAGGUACUGCCGGUUAAUGGCCAGCGGCAAGCAACCAUCACUGAUAUAAUGCCUGGUGUUGAGUACCUGAUACAAGUCAGAGCUAAAGAGGAAUUUGAUGGACAAUGGAGUGAAUGGAGUCCAUCCACCUAUGCUAAGAGCUGGACAGAGAAGCCUCAGCCUCCGUCAAUCAUGUCAGCGAUCUUGGAGGAAGGACAGGAUAUGACGACGAUGAUGACGGUGUACUGGAGUUUACAGACAAACUUCGAGGAGCAACACAAUUUUAGACUCAUCUAUGAGAUCAAAUACGGGGAAACAAACCUCUCCUUUCACAGCGAAAACCAGUUUGAAGGAGAGUGCUCCUACACCAUCGUAGUGGCUCCUACACCUGACGUUGACUUCCUGAUACAGCUGAGGUAUAAGGCAGAACAUGAUGGUCAGUGGAGUGAGUGGAGUAUACCUUAUCCUGUGAACCCCCCAAUGGUAGGUUCAGGUGAUGAAACUCCAGAUCCAGAUGAUGAUCCCCACAAAACCACAAAACAUGAAGGAACUGAAGAGUGGCCACAUCAUUUGCUGUGGAUAUUUGGUUUAUUCGCUAUCUUGUCUGUCAUUUUGGCCAUCUACACUUUCGGGCACAAGGACAGAUUUAUCUCUAAACUGCACAGUCUUUAUUUCACCACCCUCUGUGAUGACUCCUCUCAACCUUCGCCCUCUGUCCCGGUUGCCCCAGAAGGAGUAGCUUUGGUGACCUUUGUCCCUACAAAGAGCAACAAAGAGCACCCACCAAGUGAUGAAAACGAAAGUGAAGAAAAUGAGGAACAAAAGCCUUUGAGAGAGAGGACAGACGCCAAGCACUUCAACAACACAAGUUAUUUCUUCCUCCAGAGGGAAUGAGAGCCGUGCAGAAAGAAGAAUUAUAGGCAGAAAAUGUGACAACUUAUACUGUUGGACUGUUUUCCAGUUCCGUGCCAGUUUUAUAGAUGGCACAAUGUUCUCCACUGAACUUUAAGAAGCAAAGUCAGAAACAGCUUUCUGACUUUGCUUCUAUCUGUCUUUAUCUAUCUAACUUUAUCUCAUACCUAAAAUACCUCUUAAACACUUUUUUGUGUGACUGGUCCGAAGAGUUGCCCUUUACGUUCUCUAUCCUACAUCAUCCAUCCAACCAUCCAUUUUCUAGAUGACACAGAGCAAGAGGCAGGCUACACCUUGCGCAGGUGGUCAUUGUGUCUCAGAGCUAACACAGAGAGACAGACAACCAUUGACACCUACGGUCAAUUUAGAAUCACCACCUAGCCUGCCAUGCAUGUCAGAGAACAUACACAGACACAGCAUGGUGGUCUGAUGGUUAGCACCAUCACCUCGUAUCAAGAAGGUCCCAGGUUUGAAGCUAUGUAGAGUUUACUGUCCUGCAUCAGAGCAACUGAAAUAUGUGUUAUGCAGGUCAAAUAAUUUACAAUUUUUGAGCAACCUGACCUGUCUGAAUUUUGUAUAUAUUGCUAAAGGUUAUCAAAUAUAUCACAUUGUUUCCUUUCAGGGUGUUCAUAAUGUAUGCAGGGUUUGCAGAAGUAGUGGUUGAGGUCUUGUAAAUACUUCAUCUGUUUGCCUGGGAUUUUAGACUGGCACAGUCAUAGUCCCCAACAUGCUUUUGAUUUUUGUAGUUAUUGCACAGUGAAAAAACAACAACUUAUUUUGUAUAGUUUUUCAGUGACAUGGUGGACUUUAAAUGGUUCACCUGCUGUUAUAAGAAUGCAAGGGAACCUUUCAAAUAAACAAAUGUGAGCUACUUUUGAAUAAGCUGUAUGUUUCUAGACCAGCAUAGAUAGAUAGAUUUUUAAACAUGUUAAAAUAGUACAAAAACAACAAUAAAACAUAAGAAUAAAUAACAUUAGCAGCACUUUUUAAUAAGUCACACUAUUAAGCAUUAAUAGCAAGUCUAAAUGGCAUACUAAGGGGGAAUAAUGAUAUAUAAAUGAUAAAUCAGGCACUUGCUAAUACCUUACUAAUGCUUAAUAGUGUGACAUUUUUAUAAAGUGAGGAGGAGGAGGACGUGUGGAUUCGUUUUGGUUUUUUAUCCUGUCCAACCACAAAUCCUUAUUUACAUUUUACCACAUAUAUUUGGUUCUGUAACUCCAGUAACAUGCCAAGAGAUAUAAAUAUUUACAAAUAUAUAUAUAUAUAUGCAUAUAUAUGUAAUAUGUAGGCAAUGCCAACACAUACAGUGCUUAACAAAUGUAUAAACAGUUGAUGAAAACUGUUGCCUGUCAGAAGAUGUUGUGAAGGCGUAAUUGUGAGAAUGAGAUGGCCAAGGAGCAAUGGGGCAGUUUUGGUGACUUCAUAUCCAAAUGAUGGCUAUAUAAUAUGUCAAGCAUAUCGAUCUGUCAAGAAUGAUACUAACUCGUUUUGAGCCGGAGAAAACAUUGUCGUCACAAGAUAGAAGAUGUAAUCGGUUUUCCGGGGGGUUCCAAAUAAAAAAUGUCACUGACAUUAAAAAAAAAGUCUUUUUCAAGAGAAAUCUGGCCAAGAAGGCAACAGAAAUUGCGAGGUAUACAUAUAUAUAUAGUAUCACUGUUCUGUAACGUGGCCAAAAAGGGCUGGAUGGAUUGUAAUAAAGAUGGUUUCAAAGCAGGAUAUU